AUGGUUGUUGUUGUUGGAAGAGGGAAAAAGUUAAAUCGAAACGAGUGGUGUAGCGUGGUCGGCGUGGUGGCUCGACUUUAACUUUGCUUUUUCCAGGAAACUUUCCUCUGUAGUGGUUUGGGACGCCCAAAAUGCAUCGUGUCGCUUCACAUGUUGUGAAUUCGAGUCUGAUGCGCAGUGCAUCGUCUAGAAACACGUCUGUGCUGCUGCUGGUUCGUCACCUUGCGAAGGCUGCCGAUAAACCCCAUUUACAAGUUUAUGACGGAGGUGAAAAACCGCUGGUGUUAUCGAAAGAAAAAGUGAAAAGGGAUCCAUUUGUGAAGAACCUGUUCAUCGGAAAAUUCGAUAAGCAAAUGCUCAUCUACCCGGAAGUGCUGGAUGAGGCACGUCUGAGUGAAUUGGAGUCCAUGGCUAGUUCCGUUCAAAAGUUCCUUGACGAUAAGGUGGACACGAGGGAGAUUGACAGGGAGAAAAAAAUUCCAGAUGAGGUCCUUGAAGGCUUCAAAUCCCUGGGGCUGUUUGGACAGCAAAUACCUACAGAGUAUGGUGGUCUUGGCUUAACUGCCACAGAGUACGCGAGGAUGUGUGAGGUGACCGGCGUGGAUGGUGCCAUAGCUGUCACCCUGGCUGCGCACAACUCUAUUGGCAUUAAGGGCAUCUUGCUGUGCGGAAAUGAAGAGCAGAAGCGAAAAUAUUUCCCCAAGCUGGCUACAGGGGAACAUGUUGCUGCAUUCUGCUUAACAGAGUCUACGAGUGGGAGUGAUGCAGCUUCUAUCAAGUGCCAAGCCAAAUUAUCUUCAGACAAGAAGCAUUUCAUCCUAAAUGGCAGCAAGAUUUACAUCAGCAAUGGAGGCUUUGCGGAUGUUAUGACUGUGUUCGCAAAAGUGCCAAUCGAUACACCUGACAGACAAAAGAAGGAGGUUGUGACAGCAUUCAUCGUGGAACGGGACUUCGGAGGAGUAACUUCUGGACCUCCCGAAGACAAGCUGGGCAUCCGGGGAGCAAACACGACUGCCCUGUAUUUUGACAACACUCCAGUCCCGUGUGAAAAUGUCCUGGGGGCCGUUGGUGAUGGUUUCAAAGUUGCCAUGAAUGUUCUUAAUAAUGGUCGGUUUGGAAUGGGAGCUGCCAUUUCAGGAGGUUUAAGAAAGUUAAUACGUGAAACAACAGACCAUGUCAUAAAUCGAGUCCAGUUUGAAAAGCCUCUAUCAGAGUUCCACAUGAUAAAGGAAAAGAUAACGAGGAUGGCCAGCACGUUGUAUGCCAUAGAAAGCAUGGUGUAUACUUCAUCUGCAAUCUUGGAUGUGGUGGAAGACCCAGAUUGUGCUCUGGAGUGUGCCAUAGUCAAGGUGUUCAGUUCUGAAGCAGCAAUGCAGACUGUCAGUGAAUGCCUACAGAUCCAUGGGGGUUCUGGAUAUAUGAAAGGCCUUUCCCUGGAACAGUUCUACAGGGAUACAAGAAUCCUGCCCAUAUUUGAAGGAACUAAUGAAAUUCUCCGGUUAUUCAUUUCGCUCGUUGGAGUUCAGUAUGCAGGGAAGCAUCUUGGAGAUGUUGUCAAGAAGUUACGAGAUCCCUUGAGCAACCCGAUAUUUGUUAUCCGAAAGUUGUGGGAGCGACGGAAGGACGACUAUGACUCUCCAGUAUUAGACCUUGACCUCUGUUCCAGUGUUCACCCAUCACUUAAGAGUGAAGCCGACCGACUGGAAUACUGCGUGAAGCGUCUUAAAUAUGCUGUGGAGACGAGCCUACAACGUUACGGGCAUGAAAUUGUUGAAUACCAAGUGAUCCUGGCUCGCAUAGCAGACAUUGCCAUAGACGUCUAUGCGUACAGUUGUGCCUUGUCUCGUGCAUCCAGGUCUUAUUGCAUAGGGCUGCGCAAUGCUAGUCACGAGCUGGACCUGGUCAAUUGUCUGGGCUAUGACCUGACACAGCGUGUGAAGGCAAACAUGUCAGAAAUUGAUAAUUAUAUCGAAACCGGAGUGAUGACAAAAAAGCUUAAAGUGGCGGACCAAGUAUUUAAGGACAAGAUGUACUUCGCAGCGCACCCGCUAACGCGGAACUGGUGACAUCACCGUGUAUAUAGUCAUUGAAGCAGUAGGGGCAUUUUUUUAAUAAUGUUGUUUGUAAUCGCGGAUAAGGAUUAAAGCGUCUGUUUUCUGGGUUUGAAACACUGGUGCUCAGUCACACCUUUGUGGAGCAGGUUCUCAGGUAUCAUGACCCAGUACACAAGCCAACUAUGAGUGACCACACACUGAAGUGUUGUGUACUAUAUGGAGUUCAUUUUCUAGCACCCUCAGGAGGGCUUGAUUGUUGUAAAAUUGUAGAUUUGAAACAUGGCGUACACCUGUAGCGACUAUGGAAUGUUAUGUUCUACAAAUAAAUAAUUUUGUCACCAAGCUG